GGACGUGGCAAGAUGACAAGCUCCUGAUGUGCUUCCUGUUGUAACUCUUGUUAAACUAUCAGCUGUUAGCUGACCCUUACAUCACGCAGACUGCAUGUAAUAGCCGUUUUUCCCAGUUGUCUCUUUCUAAUGUCUCGAUAACGCUUUCGGAGGCUCAGCGGCGGCGAUGCGGCUGUUUUGGCGCUGGUUUUGGGGACUGAUUUGUGUCGGGGUGUCUGCAAAUCGUGCAGGAUCACCAGUGUUUUCAGAUGAGAUCCCAUUCAAAAUUAAAUGGCCCGGGGCAGACUUUACACUGUCAACGUCAGGAGGCCUGUACAGAGAAGACGACUAUGUUAUUAUGACAACUGCAGAAAAGGAAAAGUACAAGUGUUUAUUGCCAUCUUUGACAAGCAACCUGGAUGAUGAGGUAAAGGAGUACACCGGGCCGAGUCCAGAUGCUUUGCUGGAGCCGUUAUUCAAACAGAGCAGCUGCUCUUACAGAAUUGAGUCAUACUGGACAUAUGAAGUGUGCCAUGGGAAACAUGUGCGGCAGUACCACGAGGACAAAGAGACAGGGCAGAAAAUGAACAUUCAGGAAUACUAUCUGGGGAACAUGAAUAAAAAAGAUGGUGCAGAAUCAGAAACAGAAAAAUCCAGCGACUCUGAAGCAGAAUCGCCAAACACCAACACAGAGAUACCAACAAAGAAUAUAGAGGGUCAGUUGACCCCAUACUACCCCGUAGAGAUGGGACAUGGGACUGAAUGCACUCUGAAACAGAAUCAACCUCGCUCUAGCACAGUGCUGUAUGUCUGCCACCCAGAGGCAAAGCAUGAGAUCCUCACAAUUGCAGAGGUCAUCACCUGUCAGUACGAAGUGGUGGUGCUCACACCCCUGCUCUGUUCCCAUCCCAAAUACAGGUUCAAGAGCUCUCCGGUGAAUGACAUCUUCUGUCAGGCUCUGGGUGGUUCACCUCUCAGACCUCAGAGUCUGUCCCAGAUGGAGCACGAGCAGGAGGAGCUGCUCAAACCACCCUUCAGCACCAGCAGUGACAGGGGGUCCAGGGAGGACACGUCUCCAGUGAAGGAAGAGGCCUAUACCUCUACCCAUAAGCCCCUGACAGUGGGUGGUCAAGCCCAGGUCACCGUUGGCACUACGCACAUCUCCCGUCUGACUGAUGAACAGCUGAUUAAAGAGUUUCUGAGUGGCUCAUACUGUUUGCAUGGGGGUGUUGGUUGGUGGAAGUAUGAAUUCUGUUAUGGAAAACAUGUUCACCAGUAUCAUGAGGAUAAAGAGCAAGGGAAGAACAUCGUGGUGGUGGGCAGCUGGAACACUGAGGAUCACAUGAACUGGGCCAAGAAGAAUGUGGCUCGAUCUUAUCAUUUGAAGGAUGAUGGAGCACAAAAAGUCAAGGUUGUGUCUCACUUCUAUGGACAUGGAGAUCUUUGUGAUUUAACAGGGAAACCAAGACAGGUUAUAGUCAAGCUAAAGUGUAAGGAGUCUGAAUCCCCUCAUGCUGUUACAGUUUACAUGCUGGAGCCUCAGACCUGUCAGUAUAUCCUCGGGGUUGAGUCGCCUGUAAUAUGCAAGAUCUUGGACACUGCGGAUGAAAAUGGACUUCUUUCAAUCCCUAGCUAGUCCACAUGGUACACAGUUGGAGGAAUGAACAGUAACUUACAGGAGGAGGAGUACUGAGGAGGAAGGCAGAAUGAAGCUCAGAGGGAGUAUUAAAGGUGUGAUGACGUUUAGGCAUAGACCUGCUGAACCUCAGACCUGUUCAGAAAGUCCCUCACUGACUGCACUUUCCCCUGUUUGAAGAUUAAACAAGGAGGAGAUUUGAUGAAACUACUUUUUUAUUUAGCGCAGCUUGGACUGAAUUUUCCAAUGUUUUCUUUUCAAAUCUCAGACUUAAGGAAAUAUGCUUUGACACAUUUAGACGACUGGGAAGUGGUUCAUUUAUUAUUCUAUUAAUUAAAAACGUUGCUCUGCUGUUUUAAAUAUACGUUAUUUAUUUGGUCAAACUUCUGGUAGUUCAAUGGUCAACACUGAGCAGCCAGAGAGGAUUUUAAAAAUUGAAGUAAUUGUUCUAAUGCAGUUUGUGAGGGAGAAUAUAAUGUUUUGUUUGCAAAGGAAAGUGAAUGUAAUUAAACUGGUUUUGGAAAUCCAGGUUUAUGGAAUCUUAUGUUUGGUAUUGAGGAUUUUUCCACUUAAAUGUAACCACUUAUCCUAGGUUGUGUAUUAUUAGGGUUUCCUUACUGUGCAAAAUGCAUUUGGUGAAGGGCUAAUUUAACUCUGAGAACAAAUAUAUUAAGACAGGGGUGUCCAAACUCUGUCCUGGAGGGCCAGCAUCCUGGAGAGUUUAGCUCCAACCCUAAUCAAAUACACCUGUACCAGCCAAUCAAGCUCUUACUAGAUAUACUACAAACUUCAUGGCAGGCGUGUUUAAGCAGGUUGGAGCUAUACUAAGCAGGACAUCGGCCCUCCAGGACCGAGUUUGGACACCCCUGUAUUAAGAUAAAGAUUAUUUUUUUUAUACACUGGUUGUUAUUCAGCCUGUAUAUGUUCAGUUGAAUAAAAUAUGAGUUUUGUGUUUUAAA